GGUCUGAACUUGAACUAGGCAAUAAUCUGAUGUGAAAAUAUUGUUCGAAUUUAAAAUUGUUUUUAUUGGAAUAUUGGAGUUAUAUAAAUACUACCAAAAACAAAAUAUAUACACAUUCCUAUAAUAAAUAUAAAUUAAUAAGUAAUGGCUGAUGAAGAUUUCGACGGAGACGAAGUCGCAGAUGAUUUCGACGAUGUAGAUGACGAGGACAACAUUGAGUUAGAGCCUCAGGAAGAUGAUGGUGAAAAUAUCGAAUUAUUGAAUGCGAAUGAAGCUACUGGUGGUGUUCAAAGAUCAAAGAGAAUAACAACAAGAUAUAUGACUAAAUAUGAAAGAGCAAGAGUUCUUGGCACAAGAGCAUUGCAAAUAGCAAUGUGUGCUCCUGUGAUGGUAGAAUUAGAAGGCGAGACAGACCCAUUGCAAAUUGCUAUGAAGGAAUUAAAGCAACGAAAAAUUCCUAUAAUUAUACGCCGCUACCUGCCUGAUAAUAGUUACGAAGAUUGGGGUAUCGACGAACUAAUUAUAAUAGAUCAUUAAUCUCGACCUCAAAGCAAAUUAUAUUAUUUCUCGACAAAUAUAUUUAUUAUUGGUACAGUAAAUAG